CCCGCCUCUCAGUCUGACCGCCGGGACUGUCCACCCAGCUGCCCCGCUGCUGCCGCUCCAUUUGACUGCCGGCCCCGGGCUCCGGGCGGGGGUUUGCUUCUCCGGCCGUGAGCUGUGAUCGUCGGCCCAGUUACCAGCGGCUUGGCAACCAGCAGAUGGCUCUGUGGACCAUAGGCAUCGGUGCCCUGGGAGCUGCAAUCGGUGGUAUAUUGCUGGCGAACACUGACAUUAUGAUGCCCAAGCCAGAGUCUGCAUCACUGUCCUAUUUGUCAGCGGCUGACCUGAGGACGCUGGAUCAAGAGGGGCGUACAUUUAAAGCAAGCGAUCUGUGGCAGCACAAUGGAGCAGUAAUCAUGGCGGUUCGAAGACCAGGAUGAUCUUUGUGCCGGGAGGAGGCUGCAAAGAUCUCCUCCCUGAGACCCCAGCUCGAUGAGUUGGGUGUCGCUCUUCAUGCAGUCGUCAAAGAAAACAUCGAACCUGAAUUGGAGGCCUUCCAACCCUAUUUCAAAGGAGAGAUCUUUCUGGAUGUCAAUAAACACUUCUAUGGUCCGAGGAGGAGGGUGCUGGGACUGAUGGGACUCGUCCGUCUGAGUGUCUGGAGGAACCUUUUCCGAGCCUGGCGGAACGGAUUCACCGGGAACACUGCUGGAGAAGGAUUCAUCCUGGGAGGAGUGUUCGUCAUCGGACCUGGGGAGCAGGGGGUCCUGUUGGAGCACCAAGAGACGGAGUUUGGUGAUCAUGUUGACAUUCAAUCUCUGCUUGACGCUGUUGGACAGAUUAAACCUGGGAAUGAAACUAAAUCCGAGUCCUAGAAAACGGGAAAGGUCGAUUGAUGAGAGAAUGGUCAGCACGAAACACACAUCACACAGUAACCAAAAAUUGAAACACAACACUCAACAAACUAACACAACACUAAGCAAGUCACUCAGUCCCCAAUGAUGUAAGUGCAACACUAUGUACUGGACUAUCUGGUGCCCAGCAGUCCAGAACCUAUCAUUUGCACUGGUGAGCUGACAGAACCUUGAUCGGUUAUCUACCCCCAAACACCGUUUGCCCCUCUGAUCUGCACGGACUCCUGGCUUUUGCUGUAUUCAUGAAGGUCUGAUGGUAAAAGUUUCUAUCAGAUCUGAUGCUCACCAAGCCAGUCAGGAGAGUCUGAUGCUAAACAUUGUUGGUAAAUCAAUCGGCACAAUAAAGGAAACAUUGUCAAGUGGAAA